UUCCCUACUCGCGCGUCGUCUGCUGUUAUUUUUUGGUACAAAAUGAUGUCGCAAGAUUAAGCCAGUUGAAAACUUAACCCUAAAAAAUCGUCUUUUAAGUAGCUUGUCGUUCCCUCUUUGGUCGGUCCAUUUCAGUACUUAUAUAUGUCAUGAAUAAUAGGAAUUGUUAAAAUGACAUCGAAAAUUUUAAUAUUAUAUGGAAGUGAAACUGGAACGGCUCAGGACGUGGCAGAACAAAUUUGGAGAGAUGCCAAAAGGUUUAAUUCAUAUACUCUUAUGUCUGAUAGAAAAAACUCGAAUCGAAAUGUAACAUAGUACAAAUGUAGUUGGUGCAGACUGUUCUGUCAUUUCAAUGGACGAUUAUGAUAUAAAAAAUUUGAUUUCCGAACGAAUAGUUAUAUUCGUUGUUGCCACAGCUGGUCAAGGUGACCCACCUACAAACAUGAAAAAAUUUUGGCGCUUUUUAUUGCGGAAAAACUUACUGGCAAACUCGCUGCACAAUAUGUAUUAUGGAGUACUAGGACUGGGAGAUAGUUCCUAUGUCAAGUACAACUUUGCUGCGAAAAAAUUAAGUAAAAGACUAGCUCAGUUAGGUGGAACAGAGAUUCUAUCCAUUGGAUUGGCCGAUGAUCAACACGAUCUUGGUAUUGAUGCUGUCACAGUACCAUGGAUUGAACAAUUAUGGACUAAUUUAUCUACAUUAUUUGAUAUUCCUACAAGAAUCCCAAUGAGUGAUAAAAAUAACAUCAUCACCAAAUUUAAUGUCUCUCUCAUUGAUAAUUGCAGCUCUGUUACUGCAGAAGAUGCAUAUUCACGCAACGAUAUAUAUAGACAUGAAUUAUAUAUGAAUCAUGAUACCAUCAAAGUCGGCAGAGUUAUUGAAACGACUAGAAUGACUUCAAUCGAUCAUUUUCAGGAUGUUAGAUUACUGAAAUUUCAUGUCGAAAAUGCCAAGUAUGAGCCUGGGGAUGUGGUUUACCUGAGGCCAAAGAACUCUGCUGAAAAAGUACAACAGUUUUUUGAUGUGUUAAAAAAUAAUGGAGUUUUUUUACAUCAGAAUAUAACUGUCAUUGUAAGUCCUUCAGAAAUUCAAAUUCCUAAUAUAUUGAAGCAGAAAUUAACUCUGGGACAAAUUGUGGAACAAUAUUGGGAUUUGAAUUAUAAGCCAAGAAAAUAUGCAAUGGAGAUCUUGAGUCUAAUAACUGAAAGUGAGUUAGAAAAGGAGAAAUUAAUAGAAUUCACCACACCCAAUGGGCAAGAAGAAUUAUACAAUUAUGUUAAUAGGCCUAGACGAAAUAUUGUUGAAGUUCUAAAUGAUUUUCCAAAUGCCACAAAGAAUUUAAAUAUUCAAUUAUUAUUCGAGAUUAUGAGCCCAAUAAAACCAAGAGCAUUCAGCAUUGCAUCUAGCUUGAAACAUAUGCCAAAUGAAAUCGAUAUUUUAGUCGCUGUUGUGCGGUACAAAACAAAACUUGCCGAGCCUAGGCUGGGUUUGUGCUCAAAUUGGCUUGCCAGUUUGAACCUAGGAGACGAAACCACGCUUUGGGUUCAAAGAGGAACUUUUAACUUCAAUUACUCUAAACCGGCCAUUUUGAUUGGACCUGGCACUGGUAUUGCACCAUUCAGAGCAUUUCUAUUAGAAAAAAGAAUAAUGAAAAACGACUUAUCGGAUUGUCUGCUUUUCUUUGGAUGCAGGAACCAACUUAAGGAUUAUCAUUGUAAAAAAGAUUUCGAAUUGAUGAUAGAAAAUAACAAGUUGAAAAUGUUUUGUGCCUUCUCAAGGGAUCAUGAUCACAAAAUAUAUGUCCAGCACAAAAUACGCGAGCAUAGGAAUAUUUUUUGGCAAUUUCUUGCAAACGGGGCAAAUAUUUAUUUAGCUGGUAGCUCGAAGAAUAUGCCAGGCAACGUUAGAGAAGAAAUUGUCUCACUGGUGAAAAAAUUCGGUGAAUUAACAGAUGCUGAUGCUGAAAGUUAUGUUAGUAAAUUGGAGAAAACUGGACGCUAUCAAACAGAGACUUGGAGCUAGAAUCGUUAUCAUCGAAGAUUGGAUCAAACAAAAGUGUUGAUAAUAGAAAUCAUUAACUGAUGACUAUAGAUAAACCAUAUUUUGUAGAACUACCUACCUACCUUGAAAAUGUGAAACACAGAAUA